AAAAUGAUUUUAAUUAUUAUGAAACUCAACCAACUACAGUUUUUCAUAAUCAUAUUGUUACCAAUAAUGAAGGAACAACAACUCUUCAAACAAGCAGUAUAACUAAUAUAGAUAAUCAAACUACUACAACUCAAAAUAAUACAAUUACAAUUAAUCAACAUGGCACCAUUACUUCUAUUCAAGAUAGUAUUAUUAUGCAAAAUUUUAUGACUUUAUAUAACAAUGAAAUUCAAUCUGCUAAACAAGAAUUUUUAAAUGAAUACAAAAAUGAAUUAAAUAUGAUACAAGUUUCUAUUGAUCAAUUAAGCUUUACUAGUCUGAUGUUAGCUCAAG